UCAUAAAUCUCCACCUUCUUCUCAAACACCCAUUUGAUCCUUUUUACCAUUUAUUACAACAUCGUAAGUAUUGUUCUUUAGUCUCAUCAUCCUCCUAAACAAGUCCUACUUUUUUCUGCAGCGUACGACGUCGUUCCAUUCCCCAAGACAUGAUCGGCGGCGCCGGCGUCUUUCUGGCAAUAAUUUUCAUACUCUCGGCCGCUCAUAAAUGUGUCGACGGCUACUACAACUGCGGCUGGACUAACGCCCACGCCACGUUCUACGGCGGCGGCGACGCCUCGGGCACUAUGGGAGGGGCUUGUGGGUACGGAAACUUGUACAGCACCGGAUACGGCACCGACACGACGGCGCUGAGCACCGCCCUUUUCGACAACGGGCUGAGCUGCGGCGCGUGUUUCGAGCUCACGUGCGUCGACGAUCCGCAGUGGUGCCUGCCGGGAACCAUCACCGUCACCGCCACCAAUUUCUGCCCCCCCGGGGGGUGGUGCGACCCCCCCAACCAACACUUCGAUCUCUCCGAGCCCGUGUUCUUGCGCAUUGCACAAUACCGGGCCGGGAUUGUCCCCGUCUCUUACCGACGAGUACCUUGUCAGAGAAAAGGAGGGAUUAGGUUCACCAUCAACGGCCACUCUUAUUUCAACCUUGUCCUGGUGACGAACGUCGCCGGCGCUGGCGACGUCCACGCCGUAGCCAUCAAGGGAUCACGGACAGCCUGGCAGCCGAUGUCGCGGAAUUGGGGCCAAAACUGGCAGAGCAAUUCUUACCUCAACAGCCAAAGCCUCUCGUUUACUGUCACGACCAGCGACGGCCGGACAGUCGUCUCCUACGACGUCGCGCCGGCCGGCUGGUCGUUCGGACAGACUUUCGCAGGCGGCCAGUUCACAUAACACAUAUAAAAACAUCAUAGAGAACGCCGGAAAAGUGAAAUUACCAUAAUAGCCUUGAAAAAUGUAACACAACACAACAAAAUCCUUACCCUCAAAAAAACUUAUUACCCUAUUUGUUUGUAUGCUCUAAUUUCCUUUAUUUAUCGA